CUCCGGACAAGUUCGCCCCGUUGAGAGGCGGGAACUCGCCUACCGUCCUCGCGCGAACCGAGGCGCCCCCAGAGCGGACACGGGAAACCCACCCGCGACUCCACGGCUGGCCCCAGAAGCCCGGCCCCGGAGAAGAUGGCAGAUGAUCAAGGCUGUGGUGUGGAGCAGGCAGCUGGGGACACAGGCAGCCCAGAUGCAGUUGAUGCCAAGCCAGACCGGUCCUCCUUUGUCCCGUCACUCUUCAGUAAGAAGAAGAAAAAUGACCCGGGGAAAUCAAUCAAGACAGCCCAGGAGCGAGUGCCUACAUACCAGUAUAACAUGAAUUUCGAGAAGGUGGGCAAGUGCAUCAUCAUAAACAACAAGAACUUCGACAAAAGGACAGGAAUGGGCGUCCGCAAUGGAACAGACAAAGAUGCCGAGGCUCUGUUCAAGUGCUUCAGAAACCUGGGUUUUGAUGUGGUCGUCCAUAAUGACUGUUCUUGUGCGAAGAUGCAGGACCUGCUGAAGCAAGCCUCUGAAGAGGACCACAGAAAUUCUGCUUGCUUCGCCUGCAUCUUGCUAAGCCACGGAGAGGAGAAUUUAAUUUAUGGGACAGAUGGCGUGACUGCAAUAAAGGACUUGACGGCCCAUUUUAGGGGGGACAGAUGCAGAAGCCUUCUAGAGAAACCCAAACUCUUCUUCAUUCAGGCUUGCCGGGGGACAGAGCUCGAUGAUGGGGUCCAGGCCGACUCGGGGCCGAUCAAUGACACAGAUGCCAAUCCUCGAUAUAAGAUCCCAGUUGAAGCCGACUUCCUCUUCGCCUAUUCUACAGUUCCAGGCUAUUACUCAUGGAGGAACCCAGGAAGUGGGUCUUGGUUUGUACAAGCCCUCUGCUCCACCCUGAACGAGCAUGGCAAGAGCCUGGAGAUCUUGCAUAUCCUCACCAGGGUGAACAACAGGGUGGCCAGGCACUUCGAGUCCCAGUCUGAUGACCCCCACUUCCAUGAGAAGAAGCAAAUCCCGUGUGUGGUCUCCAUGCUCACCAAGGAACUCUACUUCUGAAAAAAUAACCAUUUCAGGGAUGUAUUCAAGCGGAAAAGCUAUGGAUCAUUUGUUGAUGAGUCUUUUCUUUUUUUUUUUUUUUUUCUUUUUUUUUAAUGGUCUAUCCCUGGAAAUUCUAAAGGAUUUUAAUUCAGGAAGAAAACUUUCUGGUGCUGUCUUACAUUUUUAAUGUUUUUGGAGAUUUUUUUUAUUUUUUACAAUGUUACCCAUUCGAUGGCUUUGUCAUUUCUUCUGAAGACUAAUUUUCUGUUCAUGUCUUUCUCCUUGUUGUCCCACUUAGUACAUACAACAGAAACAACCUCUACAGACUCUUUGCUGUGUCCACCAUGAUUGUGUUGACACGGCAGACAGGGUCCACCUGGCCCAGAGCAUUCCAGUGCUUGAAAAAAAGCAGGCUGUAUUCACCUGUGUUGCAGAAAGUGGGUAUUGAGUGUGAUUUGAGUGAUUUUUCACUGGCUUAGGACAGAUUCUCAUGCAAAACUUCCCAGAUAAAGCGGGGGUGUGAUAGGGGGCCGCGGGGUGGAAUGUUCGUGAUUCUAACAUGUAUCAGAUAGAAAACAGAAACCGUUUUAGGUAUUUCAAUAAAAGGAAUUUAACAGAGGAAAUUGACCUACAAAAAUAGUAAAAGAGAAGCCAAAUAAAAGGAAUCUAUGACCACCUAGGACUAUGAAAAGGUGUGGUCCCCUCGAUCCAGAAACUGGGGUAGCCCACAGGAGCCGGAAGGGUCAUGGGGGCUGCCUGAUGAGAGCUGAGAUCUCCAAGAAUUGGGGAUUGGAGCCAUGGCAGAGACAAAGCUCUGGCCUGAGAUGAGGCAAGACCAGCUGGGUCAGAUAUGAAGAGAUACCCUGCCUUCAUCUCUCCUGCCGUUGAGUCUUCCUUCUGUGUCUUACCUGGAAGCCAGCUGCAAGGACCCUGGGAAAUGUGAUUUCCUGCAAAUACAGAGCACAGCAAAGCCUAGGGAGACAGAGCAGGAACAAGGAAUGCAUAUCAGAACGGCCCGUAAGAUGAAUAUAAGUAUCCUGUUCCCUGAUGUGCAACAAUUCCUCCCUUCGAUUUAUUCAUGGAAUUGCCAGAUCAUCUCCGUAUUGCCUACUAUGUGCAAAAUAAUCUUUUUUUAGCUUUGAAAUCUACCUGGAAUUUUUUAGAUUAUUCCAAUCCUUAUUCUGAGUAAAUUUUUUUGUUGCCUCUAAUUCUCUGUAGGGGAAAAGUUUAUGGCAAAGAUUUUUGCACUUUGUUUUCAAGGUUACCUUUUGAAUUUUUGACAAUUCUAUUCUGACCCAAUAACUGGUUAACACACAGAUAUUCAUAUUUAUUGAUUAAAAUCUGGUUGCUUAAUUCCUAA